GGUCAUACCUUUUGACCUCACCAACGCCCUGGGGACCAAGCGGCAAUGACCAAUGAGUUCCGUGCAAUGUUGGACCGGUUUGUGCUGGUCUACUUAGACGAUAUUCUCGUCUAUAGCCGGUCAUUGGAGGAUUAUCUUGAGCACCUUCGACGAGUGUUGGAGAUGCUCCGCGCCGCCAAGUACAAGGCCAACUGCGACAAGUGCGAAUUUGUCUGGCAAGAGCUGGAAUACUUGGGCCAUUCUAUCACACCGGAGGGCAUCAGUCCACUAUCGGACAAGAUUCAAGCCAUCCAAGAGUGGUCGGAGCCACGGAACGACACGGAUGUCCGUUCAUUCCUUGGUCUCGCCGGCUACUGCCAUCGUUUUAUCAAGGGCUACUCGAAGAUCGCGGCCCACUUGACCACGCUUCAAUGCGAGGAUCAACCGUUUGACUUCAAAGAGGAUGCGUGGGAAUAAUUUUUGGCUCUCAAAGCCGCGCUAUUAUCUGUCGAGGUCCUGCACAUAUACGACCCGCUUUUGCCUACGCGUGUCACAACGGA